UUUACAGUCAGAAAAGAGAGAGAGAGAGAGAGAGGGAGAGAGACAGUACCGCUGUAUAGUCCUGAAACCAUCUACUUCCACCAAGGCCAACCUUUAAGAAUAUAGUGAAGUCCUAUCUUGAAGAGUGGUGUAGAUUGGGUGCCCUUUGAUACACUGAAAAUCUGCCAUGGACGUUCUCACAGCUGCUGGCCUUGUGCCAUUCUCAAUCCACAAACCAGCCACCGUUUCCGAGAGGAAAAUAGAGCUCAGGAAACUCUUCUCGUUCAACCCCUUUCAUCCUUCACACAAAAUCUCGCCACUACCUGGUAGCCUAAAUCCGUCAGCGAAUUUGCCGUAUCUUGGUGCUGCCGCUUCAGCAUUCCUUUCUUCUACAUUUGGUGGUGGUUUUGCUGAAGCUCUCACUUACGAAGAAGCACUUGAACAGUCUGUAAAUGCAUCAACGUAUGGGCAAUCUUCGGACCUUGAUGUUGGCAGCAUCAUUGAUAGUGUGGUUAGUUUUGGUAGUGAGAAUCCUCUAAUUCUAGCAGGAGGGUUUGCUGCUUUUGCAGUUCCUGUCGUCCUAUCGUUGGUUUUAGGCAAGCCCAAACCAUGGGGGAUUGAAUCUGCUAAAAGUGCAUAUGCCAAAUUGGGUGAAGAUGGUGAGGCGCAAUUGCUGGACAUCAGAAGACCACAGGAUAUAAAAGAAGUGGGUAGUCCUGAUAUCAGGAGUUUGAAGAAGAGGGUGGUGUCAAUUGCAUACGGAGGUGACAAUGAGGCAUUCUUGACGAAGGUUUCUGCAAAAUUUAAGGAUCCAAGCAAUACCACAUUGUUCAUUAUUGACAAGUUCGAUGGAAGUUCAGCAAAGGUUGCAGAGCUGGUUACUGCCAAUGGCUUCAAAGCUGCCUUUGCAAUUAAGGAUGGUGCAGAAGGAACUCGUGGGUGGAUAAAUAGUGAUCUUCCCUGGGUGCAACCAAGGAAGGCGUUCAGGGUCGACUUCGGUAAUUUGACUGACGCAAUUAAUGAUGCUCUAGGGGAAGGCGCUAAUCUUCUCCCUACUACGCUGGGUCUAGCGGCAGCAACAGGGCUUGGCGCAUUGGCUUUUUCAGAGAUAGAGACUGUGCUUCAGCUGCUAGGAUCAGCUGCAAUUGUUCAGUUUACUCUUAACAAGCUCCUGUUUGCAAAAGACCGUGAGGUAACAUUUCGUCAGAUUGAUGAAUUCUUGAACACCAAGGUGGCACCAAAAGAACUUGUUGAUGAGAUAAAGCUGUUAGGGAAGGCCUUUCUACCAGUGCAAGUGAAAGCAGUUGCUGGUGCUACUGUCUCUUCAGUCCCAGAACAGAAACCUGAAAUAGCUGUAGUUAAUGUUGAAGAAAAAAAAGAACCAGAAGCUGAACCCUCUAUUGCUGACAUGAAGGACAACUCAGCACCGCAGCCAGAAAUCAUUUCUGUAACUCCAAAAAUACCAAGACCUUUAUCACCAUAUCCAUACUAUCCAGAUUUUAAGCCUCCAACAUCGCCUUCACCUUCGCAGCCAUGAAAGCCUAUAUCAUGCAUUGAUCAAGCAGGAUGCUUCUAGCUCUGCGCCAAAAUGUGAAAGAAAAGCCCUAGGAAGAGACGAUCAAAUCAUUCUGUUCAUAUAAUACCAAGUGUGGAGGGUUAAGGGACUGAUUUCAGGACCUUACCCUAAUCUGCUCUGAGCAUCCUCAAUAUCAGUUCAGCCAUUUUGUGUGUAAUUUCUUGCGAUCUGUAAAUUUCAAGAACUUUCUGUUGCUUUAAAUAACCUGGUUUACGGUGUUUUAUUUAUUGGUAAUAAAACAUAUGUACUUGCGGGAAGACAAUUUGCCUAGCAACUAAUUUUUAUCCAGUUAAUGCAGUCCAGGUUGUUCAUUCAAACCUGAAAAA